GGUCGCUCGAAGCACUAAGCAGAAACUUUGAUGCGCUGCUCUCUGCUCCGAGGAGCAAGUUGCAGGGGAACUUUGAGUGGCGGAGAUGCUCUGAGCAGGGCUGGGAGUUCAGAACCAAAAUCCUUCGCUGCUGACCGGAAACUCGCAUUUUACAGCUUCUUCAGGGAACAGCAAUGGUGGAUAUACCGGAUACAUCCUUAGAUGUGAAUCGGAGGGCAGUGUGUGCCGGAUGCCAUCGGAUGAUCAGAGACAGAUUCCUGCUCAGAGUCACUGACGGCCUCUGGCAUGAGGACUGUGUGCGGUGCGCGGCGUGCGGGGACGCGCUCACGAACUCCUGCUUUCUGCGGGACCGCAAACUUUACUGCAAACGGGACUAUGCUGACCUGUUUGCAGUGCGUUGUGCAGGGUGCACAGAAGCCAUCUCUCCUGCAGAGCUGGUGAUGCGUGCGGGGGCCGCUGUGUUCCACCUGCGCUGUUUCACCUGCAGCGUUUGUUCCUGCCGCCUGCAGACAGGAGAUCGCUGCGUCCUCAGGGAGGGACAGCUACUAUGUGCCAGAGAGGCCUACCACCAGUGUCUGGCCAGUCCGAGCUCUUCUGAAACAGGUAAAAGUAAUGAUGAAGAUGAAGAAGUUGAGGAGGAAUCUGGAAGGAUUGCAGGCAGAAAAGUUAAAUCAGAUGACGUGGAGAGCAAACGCCCCAAAAGACCUCGCACUAUUCUGACCACUCAGCAAAGACGGACCUUUAAAGCAUCCUUUGAGGUCUCUUCCAAGCCUUGUCGAAAGGUAAGAGAGACCUUGGCAGCUGAGACUGGUCUGAGUGUCCGGGUGGUGCAGGUCUGGUUCCAGAACCAAAGAGCCAAAAUGAAGAAACUGGCCAGGAGACAACAGCAGCAGGAGCAGCAACAGACUCAGGAGCAGUGUGAGUGCUUCACAGCGCCCUCCAGUGGCAGCGUGACCUCUGAGAUGAAGCACCUCGGGUCCUCUUAUGUCCAUAUUGAACUGCAGCAGCAGCAGAUGGGAAUGACCACACUGGAACAGCAGGACUGGGACAUGGACCCCUUCAGACAGGGCCUGACCCCGCCUCAGAUGCCAGGAGAUCACAUGCAUCCUUAUGGUUUCAAGAGCCUGUAUGGCGAUGUGGACAGAGACCCGCUGUGUCAUAUGGCUGAUGGUGACUGCCUCUCUCUUGGCGACUGCUCGCCACUCACUCCUAUUGACCGCCUCUACUCCAUGCAGGACUCAUACUUCACCUCGUGAGGGUGCCUAUCAGAUUCAGACAGACUGAAUUUAUCUCAGAAAUGUGGUAAUUUGGUACGUGGACGUAAAAUGUUAGAAGGGGACAGGGGUACACUCACAGUGAUACCA